UGGCCCCGCCCCCUCCCCUCAGCCGCUGCCUGGGGGCAGCCCCAAAAUGGCGGCCGGGGCGGGCGCUGUGAGGCGAGCCCCGAGUGGGGGGCGCCGCCCUCUGUGAGGGGCGCCUCGAGUACUGCACCUAAGCACGCUGCUCACUGAAAGUCCCCCAAACAACCUCUCCCCCGUAGCUCCCCAGGGUGCCUCGCUGGUUUCUCAGUCUCCACGACACCGUUGGCACUUGUCCAUCCCAUCGCCAUGUCCCCGCCAGCCCCAGGCAGGCUGAGGAACACCCUAACAGCCCUCUGGGGAGCCAGGGUCACGUCCGAAGGCGGCUGUCCCUCCUCUGUCAGGCACCAACAUUAAUUUCUGCCAAGCACGGUCCGGCACCAAGGCAGUCCUUGAGCUGCGGGGUGAUUUACACAGGCAUCGCUUACGCAACCUCUUUCUGAGGGCGCUGAAGCACAAUGAGGGACAAAAAAAAAAAAAAAAAAAAAAAAAAAAGUAUUUGGUUGGAGUACUGAGCUGGUUUAAAAUGCACUCCCUCCCGACAUGGCCAACAGGACCAACUCAUCGGAGUACUUUUGGUCCUAUGAGUAUUACUGGGAUUACAUUGACCCGAUCCCAGUGGAUGGAAGGAAGCUGAAGGUUAAUAAAUAUUCUAUUGUCAUAGCCUUUUGGGUUGGACUUGCUGCCUUUGUGAUGUUUCUUUUCCUUAUUUUGCUGUAUAUGUCCCGCUCUGGAUCAAGUCCAGUAAAGACCAGCUGUGAGAGGUCCCUUCACUCUUGCUACAGAACAAGUCAUAGCAAAGUUUCUGGUUCCCUCUUUAAAAAUCGAGAUAAAGAACUGGAUCAAGGGCUUAAGGGCUGGACUGAAGGUCUCAUGUUGAGUGAGGGAGUUCACCAAAUGUGGCUCACAGCUCACCAUUUUGCUGUUGGUCACACUCCAUUUGCAGACGGGUGAUUGUAGGGAACCAGGCAGAAGAAAGCAGUUCCAACAGCGAACAGCCUCACUGCGAUGACCUCAGCAGCCCAUACACGGAUGAGGUUGCUCCUGGAACACCUAACUAACUCCCUCUCAGAUGAAACUGGCAUUCAUGGAAGUACCUCAGCCUGAGAUAAAACUGGAACAGGUUAAACAAAAACAGCUGGACAGUUCUCCUGACUGUAGAGAAGAUUAGUUCCUUAGGUUGCAGCUGGAUUAGUUCAGGAAAAGAUAAAAAAAAAAAAAAAAAGAAAAAAAAAAAAGAUGUCUUUCAACAAAGACUGAAACUGAUGCCUAAAAGGAAGCACUAACCACCAUAUUGGAGCACUGUUGCUGCAGUUGCCUGAUUAGAAGAGCAUUUUAGAUUCUGAUGACUGCAAAAUUUCUCUCACUUAAGUAAAGAUUCAAUAUAAUCUUUCAGUUAUGAGGUGCAAAGGGUGUGCUGCCUGCUGAGUGAUUCUCAUUAACACCCAUUUGGCUGAGAGCAGAUUUGCUCCUCCAGCAGAAAGCGCGUCACAGUUACGCCCCAUGUCCUGCAAAGAGUUCUGCUUUGCUUACCUAAGCACACGCAAAGCCCUUUUAUCCUCAGGGGUGUCUCUGCAGCAUCAGUCUUCACUCGGUUUUCUUGCUGUGAAAGAAACCACCAACACAUUGAUCAGGCAACACAACAUUGUUUAUAGCCACGAUGACACAAGUCAUCUAUUUCUGGCUCUGUCCUCAGCUCGCAGUCUCAUCAAUUGCAUCUUAGAGACAUCUCCACUUGGCCAGCCUCUGAAAAAUAAGCAGUAAUGUCAAGUGCAAUAUCAACAAUAAAACUUUGCUUUUGGAAGGGUUACAUCUUGCUCUACUGUCUUAAAGCUCAGCAGUUCCCUCAAGGACAGAAUAUACUUUGUAUUUAUUUUCCUAUUGCAAAAUUAUAUAUAUUUGGGUUAGCUGAAAAUUAUUAAAACACUGGUUAGCUAGAACAGCCUUUAAAAAGCUAUUGAGCUAUUGGCAGCAUUCAUUAUCUCAAGUGGUUGUGUCUUCCUGAAUAAACUCGUUAGCUUUAGCAAUUGCCCAGAAAUAGUUUUGCUGCUAAUAGCCAGUCCCCUUUUCCUUUCUCUUGGAAUGGCAGGUGACAAAGAAACUGAACAAUCUCGAAACGGUAUCUUAGGGCUACAGCAAGCACGGCACCACGAGUGCAGAGUCGGGCUGUGGAAGGCAGCGAGGCUGGAGUGGCUAAAAGACCCCACAGCGAGCUGCUGGGCUGAGGACCGCACACAAUUCAUUCGAAACUUGAGGAAAAACUUAGAAAUUUCACCUCACCAAGCAGGCAGCCAAAACUCCUCCAGGGAAGCACUGCCAGAGCGGCCACGUGCUGCGCAGGGAGCGCGGGCUGUGAUGUUACCAGAGAGCGGGUGGGCUGGGCUGUGGUAAAAAAGCCUCAAACGCAAGAGACAGACCAAACCACCAGGCAUGUAUUCGUGUUGAGUGUUGCUUUCUUUAAAAAAAAUAAAAUAAUUUUUUUUAAAUCUCUGAGGUAAACACUUCUGCCGUUUGCUUUUUGAGCAAACCGACCACCGCUUUGGUUAGGCGUGGAAUCCGAUCAAGGCCUCAAGUCCACCAAGUCAGGAACAAGUGGAGGAAGCAAGGGAAGACUGCAGAAACUGAAGACAUUACAUGGACAGAGACGUGUCAGAGAUACGAAGUUUUCCAUUAAUCAGCUCAGAUGGCCUUCCCCACCUCUCAGAUACGCUUAUCUCUUGCUGCUUCACACAGGACACACAAAUAACAGUGGUGGUGAAAGCCGGACUACCUUCUGUUUAGCAACAAAGCUCCCCUUGCCUUAAAGGGGGGAGAAUUUCUCCCUGGUCAGCACCUGUCCCACUGCAAGUUGUGUCUACCUCGUGUCUAGAAUCACACCAGGAGGCUGAAGAAGACCUCACCAUCUCAACCCAUUUUCCUCCUCAGGGAUGCAUCUGCCCUGACCUAGAAAUCCUCUCCAGCAGCAGGACAUCACGGCCUUGUGGUGCUGUUGGCUCCACCCUCCUCUUCGCUGACUCGUGACAGACCCCACACCUGCUUCUCAAGAGCCUCCUUUCCACAGAUGGCUUCCAAGGGGAUUUCUGAAACGUCCUGAUGCUCCCAUUCGUAACGAGGAGCGUUCUUGCAGUAGGCACACUGAAACAUGUAUGUGGUAUGUAACCACAGAAAAGGGUGUUAGUGUUUUUGUUUUGUUUUGGGUUUGUUUUCCUAUAAAAUUAUCUGGAAACUUUCACAAUGGCUUAGGAAUUAAAAGAUUAUGAUUACUGCC